ACACACACACACACACGCGUUCACUCUCACUCUGCUUGACAGAUACUCGCGCUCACACACACUCGAGCGUUCAGAAAGAAAAGCUGAAAGAAGGAGCGGGCAUGAAGAGCACGCCGUACAUGGCAGAGAUUUACUCCGGUAGGCAGCUUCACCACUUCAUUGAUGGAUAUGAUGUGCAUCGCAGCAACUGGAUGCGUUUCGUCAACCCGGCACGUUCCCCGGCCGAGCAGAACCUGGUGGCCUGUCAGAACGGCCGUGAUGUCUACUUCUACACCGUCAGGCCCGUGGAGCCCCAGCGUGAGCUGCUCGUGUGGUACAGUCAGGAGUUCACGAGGAGGCUGUGUGGACAUGUGGAAGAGCAAACGGACAGCGUGAAGCCGAAGCACUUUGGUGGUGAUGUGAAUGAAGCUGACCUCCAGAAGCACAGUCUACUUCCGUGGACCCAGCAUCCUAAACAGGCAUCACACCCUUACAGCUUGCACGGUCAGCAAGAAGUAACAAAGGAAGGGAAGGACGAGGUUGAGGAAACUGAGGAGAAGAUUGACGUGGAGACCAUUGAGCAGGACAUACCACCCAGCACUCCAGAUCAGCACUUGAUGGACUCCAGUAAGAAGUUUCCCCAGGAUAGCACACACAAAUCACAUCCUAAGUGUGCUUCCCAUUCAUGCCCUGACCAAGACCUUCUAGCACAUCCCCAGAGCUAUUACAGCCCCAGGGAAGACGUGAUACCAUAUCCUGCUGUGCCAAAUGCCUACCAUUUUUUGCCUUCUUUUGACCCUUAUUAUCACCAAGCCAUUCUCAGCCCUUACACACCAUCCAUCCCCUCUAUGCCGCCCCCCAGAGGACCAUUCCACUACAGCAAUGUGCUGCCAAGUGCAGUCUUGCCCUUUUCUGCCAGGACUCAACCAAGUCUUCUCCCUGUUGAUCUGUCUUACCCUGCCCUACAUCCUCAGACCAGCCUGGAAGGGCGGCCCAUGAAUACAUCACCUCCCCAGGGUGCCCCGGCCACCCCUGAAAUCUCACCCCUCAUGAAGCACUCCCCAGGGUCUGAGCAUUCAUAUGAGGAAGCCAUCAACCUCAGCUUGGCUGCUACACCAAAGAUCAGCUCAUCGUCAUCCGUGUCAUCACAAAGUCCAGGGUACAAGUCCCUGCCGUACCCACUAAAGAAACAGAAUGGAAAGAUCAAGUACGAGUGCAACAUCUGCUUCAAGACCUUCGGCCAGCUGUCCAACCUGAAGGUGCACUUGAGGGUGCAUAAUGGAGAGAGGCCAUUUCAGUGUCCAUUGUGCAAGAAAAGCUUCACCCAGCUGGCACAUCUACAGAAACAUCAUCUUGUUCACACUGGAGAGAAACCUCAUGAGUGUCAGGUGUGCCAGAAGCGUUUUAGCAGCACCAGCAACUUAAAGACGCACCUGCGCUUACACUCUGGAGAGAAGCCCUACCAGUGCAAAGUGUGUGGCACCAAGUUCACACAAUAUAUCCACCUGAAGCUGCACCGCCGCAUGCACAGCUCGAGAGAGCGACCACAUUGCUGCCCGUUGUGCCAUCAUGGCUUCCUCCAUCACUUUUCCCUCAGGCUGCACCGUCGCUCGGGAGGUUGCACUGCCAAUUCCCAUCCUGAAAGUCCCAAGCUGAGGUACACCACUGAGAUCCUCGAGCGAUUUGAUGUCAGUGCUGAGGCCGAAGCUCUUAAAGAGAAUUCAUCAGAGACCGAAGUCGAGGCCGUGCUUGAGAAGUGGCUGGAGCUGGAUGAUCAUCCCAAAGCUGGCCACUUUAAAGGCUUGGACCCUACCCUGCUGAAAACCUCAGGACUGGGGCAAUGGCAAGAGAGGGCCAGUGUGGUGCGCUUUGGCGGUGAAGGACGAGUACAAUGAGGAAGGAAAGGGAAGGAGGUUUGAAACUCCAGUUCUAGAAGUAGCCUAAAAGUAGACUUGUACACGUCUAUGCCAAAAAAAUAUCCGAAGAGGGCAAGAGCUAAACCAAGCUGAGCAACACCAAAUACAUAAAAAAGCAUUUCCAAAGACUUAAUAAUUGCACUUAAGCCUUCUGUUCUUUGGCAGACAGUGAAGGCGAUCGGUUACAUCAUUGUACUUGUGUUUUGUUUCAUGUGUUUGAGUUCAUAUUAAUUUAUUACUCUCUAUUUUUGUACAUUGUUGCUAUUGUUUGUAAAAUAAUAUUGUUUUUUUUCUCAGGAAACAUUGUCAGUCAGGGUCUGGAAUUGUAAACAAAAUAUAUCAGGGGUUUGCUGUGUGAACGUUUUGCGAGGACGCCGUUCCUCGGCACCCUCACUGUAACUCGAGGUAUAAGAAAUUCUGCAAAUAGUUAUGCAAUCGUUUUACAGCUUAAUUCUUUAAAGAGAAGUCAAGCUUCCAUUGUAUUAUUUAUUACUUAGAGAAGUUAUUUUUUGCCUUCUGUAUAAUUUUAAAAGUCAGCCAUCCAGCACUGAAGUGAACUAUUGGUGUAGUUUCUUGAGCGCCAAAUCCACAGCAGGAACCGAAGUUACUAUUAAUCUCAGGACACAUCAAGUAUAAUUUAUUACUGUAUGCUCUUUGUUUUAAUUUAUUUAACAUGAGCACUGGAAAAAGCAGGACCUCGAUCCAUGUGCACGGUUACUGGUACGUAGCAAAGAUAAGAUUUACUGAUUUUCAUUGUUUUUCAGGUAGGAAUUUUGUACAGUUUUGUUUACUCAAUUAUUUUUGAUGUUGAUACUUUAUAUGCCAGAGUUUAUUUUCACUGAAAGUUUGUAAUGUAGCACAUUAAAUCUACUGUAUUUCUUCUCAAAA